AUGAAUGGUGAAAUGAAUAACAAUGAAAUAGCGUUGCCGUUCUAUUACCAGCAAAUUAUUCAAGCAAUCAAUAUUGAACCAUAUUUGAAUCAUGUGGAAAACAUUUUCAAAACACCUCUUGGUGAAGAUUCAAGUGAUACAGAUUUAGAUGGUGAUUUUAGUGAUCUUGAAACGCCAGAAGAUCGAAUUGUUGACCGUUCUCGUUUUUACAAUCUAUCAAAUGUUGGUGACGAUCGGUUAUGGUUACAAAAUCUUCUCUUGGAUAAUAAUGAUUCAGAUGAUUCUGACGAUACUGUAACAGAAGAAGAUCUAAAAAAUAUGUUAAGACAUCAUUUAUUUAGAAAAAAAUGUCAACAACAAUUUUUUGCUACUAAAAAUAAAAAUUGCUGUAAGUAUUAUAGUUCUGGUUUAUUAUCUAAUUUUGAUAAAUAUCAAACUAGAACAGAAAAGAAAAAUGUACAAAAGUCUAAAGCAUCUACUAUUAAACAUAAACACAAGAAUUCUGAUAAUGAUAAAAAACUUACAAAAAGAAAAACACGAUCAUUAAGUCCUACAGCCAAAACAUUAAAACUUGAAAAGAAAAAAGCUCUAUUAGAAGCUAAAACAGCUCAAGUUAUAUUUAUGAAAAGAAAGAAAUUAUGGUUACAUAUGUCUAAAAAAGAAAUGGGAAAGGUCCAUAGAAUGAAAAAUAAUAAUCAUAAAGAAAUAUUAAUAACAUGUCGUCGAACUGCACAGUCUUGUAUGAAGCAUUUACGUCAAAAAGCUAUUCAAAGUCAAAAAAAUAUGAAAGAAAAUGUUUGGCGUGCAAAACGUUUAACUAGAGAAAUGUUAUCAUAUUGGAAACGGUAUGAUCGUAAUGAACGUGAAACACGUAAAAAACAAGAAAAAGAAGCUGAAGAACAAAGAAAAAUGGAUGUAGAGCUAAUGGAAGCCAAACGUCAACAAAGAAAAUUAAAUUUCUUAAUCACUCAAACUGAGUUGUAUGCACAUUUUAUGUCAAAAAAACUUGGGCAAAGUUCUGCUGAAGAACAGCUUCGAAUUUUAAAUCAAUUAGAUGAAGAAAAAAUACCUAGAUUGAUGCAUAUUGAAAAUUAUAAUAGUGAAGUGUAUAAAGAUAAAGCAUUACAAAACACUCAAAAAGCAUUAGAUGCUCAGAUACGACAAUCAAAUGAAUUCGAUGAUCCAGAUUUUAAAAUUAAUACACCUCCUCCUAAUGAAGAAAGACCACAGCCAACAAUAUUUCAAGGGAGUUUGAAACAUUAUCAAUUAAAAGGAAUGAAUUGGCUUGCAAAUCUUUAUGAUCAAGGAAUAAAUGGAAUUUUAGCAGACGAAAUGGGAUUAGGGAAGACAGUACAAUCAAUUGCAUUUUUAUGUCAUAUUGCUGAAACAUAUCGUGUAUGGGGCCCAUUUUUAAUUGUAUCUCCAUCAUCUACUCUUCACAAUUGGCAGCAAGAAAUAGCAAGGUUUGUUCCUGCUUUUAAAGUUGUUCCAUAUUGGGGAAAUCCACAGGAAAGAAAAAUUUUAAGGCAAUUCUGGGAUCAAAAAGGCUUACAUACUCAAGAAGCUAGUUUUCAUGUUGUUAUAACAAGUUACCAACUUAUAGUGAGCGAUUUUAAAUACUUUAAUCGAAUAAAAUGGCAAUAUUUGGUUCUUGAUGAAGCCCAAGCUAUAAAAAGUACUAAUAGUGUUCGUUGGAAAUUACUAUUAACGUUUAGGUGUCGAAAUCGUUUGUUAUUAACUGGUACACCAGUACAAAAUAGUAUGGCAGAACUUUGGGCUUUGUUACAUUUUAUUAUGCCGACCAUGUUUGAUUCCCAUGACGAAUUUACUGAAUGGUUUUCUAAGGAUAUUGAAAGUCAUGCAGAAAACAAAACAGGCAUUGAUGAAAAACAUCUGUCUAGAUUGCAUUUGAUUUUAAAACCAUUUAUGUUACGUAGAAUAAAGAAGGAUGUCGAAAAUGAGUUAUCUGAUAAAAUUGAAAUUUUGAUGUACUGUCCACUUACUUCUCGCCAAAAAAUGUUAUAUUCUGCUUUAAGGAAAAAGAUUCGUAUUGAAGAUUUAUUACAUUCUGCUGGUUCUUACCAAUCCUCACCGAAUGUCACAUCAAAUCUUAUGAAUUUAGUUAUGCAAUUUCGAAAAGUUUGUAAUCAUCCAGAAUUAUUUGAAAGAAGAGAAGCUAGAUCACCUUUUUAUUUUCAUCCUACAGAAUUUAUAGUUCCUAAACUUAUUUAUUUUGAUAAUUCAGUUAGAUAUAAUUUUUUGAAGAAACAACAUUUAUUUACUAACAAAUUUUGUAUAUAUAAUGUUGAACAUGUCCAUCAUAGCUGUUUCCCAGUAAAUAAUGAUAAUUCAAAUAGUUGGAAUGCGUUUGGUUUCAGUAGACUUUUAAAAUUAUCAGCUACUGAGCUGUUUCAAAUAACCAAUGGUGGAUUAUUUUUUAGAUUUAUUUAUGUUUUAAUACAUCAAAAAAUGAACAAUUUGUUUCAAGAAAAAAUUUUUUGGGAUAAAUACAGUAUAUUUUGGCCAUUUGUGAAAAAACAUAUACCAGAAAUAUUUAAAUUUAUAACUCCUAUUGUAAAUACGUGUACUAUUUAUCAUACAACUCAUAUUCAUCACCAUAUGAAUGAAACUAUGGAACAUAAAUUACAUCGCAUGAAACGAGUAAAUUCUGAUAUGAAUAUAACAAUGGACAAUAUAAUUCUUGAAAAUAAAACAAUGGAGAACUACAAUCCUAGACCAUCAAAAAUAUAUGAAUACCAACCAACACAACUACCAUCAUUUAUGUAUUUUUACUACCCAAAAGUUACUACUAAAGGUCGUCAAUUAUGGGUUCCUGGUAGUAGAUCGGCUGCAUAUGUUUGGCAACGACAUGAAGCUUGCGAUUCUAAAGAAGGCCAUGAUUUAAUAUAUGAUGGGGAUUCAAAUUUUAGUUAUAAUGAAUGGUCAUGUGGAAACGUUGGAGGUUUAAAUGCUCUGAGAGCUGAAAAUGGAUGGUUUCACAUUAGCAUACCUGAUAAGCAAAGUUUGGUUACUGAUUGUGGAAAAUUGAAAAUUUUGGAUAAUUUGCUUACCCAACUAAAACAAGAAAACCAUCGAGUUCUUAUAUAUUCACAAAUGACAAGAAUGAUUGAUAUUUUAGAGGAAUAUAUGUGGUAUAAAAAAUUAAGGUAUAUGAGACUUGAUGGUUCAUCUAAAAUAUCUGAAAGAAGAGACAUGGUUGCUGAUUUUCAAAAUCGUUCUGACAUUUUCGUAUUUUUAUUGAGUACAAGAGCUGGAGGACUUGGAAUAAAUUUAACAGCUGCAGAUACUGUAAUAUUUUAUGAUAGUGAUUGGAAUCCUACAGUAGAUCAACAAGCUAUGGACCGAGCACAUCGACUUGGUCAAACUAAACAGGUUACAGUGUACAGGCUAAUAACUCAGAAUUCCAUUGAAGAACGAAUAUUGCAGAGAGCUAAAGAAAAAAGUGAAAUACAAAGAAUGGUUAUAAGUGGUGGAAACUUAAAACCUGAUACUUUAAAACCAAAAGAAGUUGUAUCAUUACUUUUGGAUGAUGAUGAAAUUGAAACAAAGUAUCGUCAAAAACAAGAAGAAAGAAGGCAAUUAGAAGAAACAAGAGCUGAAGGAUUUAAAGAAAAAGAUCGAAAACGUAAAACAGAUGCUAAAGUUGAAAGUUCUCCAAAAAUAAGAAAGGGGGAAGAAGGAUCAACUAUUGAUGAAUUUGUGCUAAGUCCUCAUAGCGAAGGUAGUUUUGCCUACGAAGAAACUGGUAGUGAAACAACUAUUGAAAAUGAAGAUUCUCCAACCAAAUCAUCUCCUAAAACACCAACUUCAAUUAACAAACGUGGUAGAAUGGGUCGCAGAAAUCGUGCAUCAUUAACACCUGGUAGUCUUGUUUUGGGGGAUGACAUUUCUAGAAAAAAAAGAAUUAUUUCAACAAAACAAGGUUCUAGUCGUUCAAGACAGAAGACCUCAGUCUCAACUAAUGUACCUAAAAAAAGUACACCAAAAAAAUCUUAGAUAUAAAUUGUUUGGACAAAAUGUUUUACUAAAAAUGUUUUUUUUAAUUUUGUAGUUUAUAAGUGAUAGUAAUGAAUGAAUUAUUUACCAUUUACAUGUAUAUUGUGUAUUGUACAACAGUCAUACAAUGAUAGAUGUAUAAUGAAAAAAA